AUGGUUCCUGUUGAUAUGGACAAGAGAGUUGCGUAUCAGUCUUUUCCCCAGGGCUCACAUCAUUACUUUUUAGUGCUGUGUGGUUUGUGUAAGCAGCAACUGCCACUUAGUAACAUGUACUUGCUGGGUCCUGAAGUGCAUCAAAUCAACCAGGCCUUUGCCAAUUUAUCAGUACCAGUUUCACUACCUGAAAUGGUAUCUGUUUGUAAGCUGUGUUAUUAUUUUGGCCAGUUGUGUCUUGGGAUACUGGAACAGAACAAAAUUAAAGUAUCAGGCAGUGAAGACAAGUCUGGUUUAUCUAUGCCACCACAGAAUGAACCAAGUACAACAAAAUUUGUUCCUUCUGCAACUAAGAGUGAAGGAAAAAUAAAAAAAGGAAAAUUGAGAAAACUGUCAGAAGAAUAUUCUGUCAGUAAUGAUCCACCUCUGGCAGUUGUUGAAAGUGGCAAUGGUAGCAAUUCCAUUGUUUCAAUGGACUGCGGCAGGGCAGGAGCAAGUACUCCUACUAUUGAAUCUAACAGCCUUGCACAUCCAAACACUAGCCAGGAAAACUUAUCAGCCUCUAUCCAUGUUUCUUCCAUCUCCUCCCCUGCCUCCACUUCUUCCAAACAGCCAUUAAAAAUUCCUCGAUUCCGAAUGAAAGUUAGUAACACUACACUGAAUCCAACUACAGAGAUGCAAUCUGUCCUAUCCCCUCUCAAUGAGACAUAUUGUUCUGGCCAAUUACAUAUGCAGCCAGGUGUUGAUUUCAGAUCUUCUUACCAGCCUGGCUCUGGGAAAAGUAAGGGUGACUGGGAAACUUAUAAUGCAACAUUAAAGUUCACAAAACAAACUAAGAAAGACUUUAUGAAUCUCCAGAAGCCAUAUGGAACUGACUCAAAUUUCAUGCGACAUCUGAUGCUAUUGGAAAAGUAUUGGCGGUCUGGGGAUUUGAUAUUGUCCUCAAAUGCAAGUGAUUCAGCCAAAACCUAUCUCACUCGUAUUAACAACCGAAUAAAAUCUUUCGAAGGGCCAAUGCCUAGAAGAGCACACCUGCCAGUACCAACAACUUCAGCACCACAUGUUUCACCAGCAUUACCCAGUUUUAUGCCUCGUCUAUCUGUAAAGCCUCUCUCACUCCUGCAACCUGUUGUACCUUCACAAGAAUCUCUUCCGAUGCCCCCACCUCCUGUCGCUAACUGCAAAAAUAAUUCAAAGACUCAUAAGAAAAGAACAAAGUAA